UUGGUAUCGUCCCUAUUGAUAUUGGGAUCGACUCGUAUCUACCCCCUUUUCCAACAUGUCGGUGUACGGGCCGGUUGUGAAGAUCCAUCCUGUCGUCCUCGCCUCCAUUUGCGACUCGUACGAGCGACGAAAUGAGGGGGCGAGCCGUGUUAUUGGGACUUUAUUGGGUACCAUCGACAAACACUCCAUAGAAGUGACCAACUGCUUUUCUGUUCCUCACAAUGAGUCUGAAGACGAGGUUGCUGUGGACAUGGAGUUUGCCAAGAACAUGUAUGAGCUCCACAAGAGGGUCUCUCCCACUGAAGUCAUCAUCGGCUGGUAUGCCACAGGCUUUGACAUCACAGAGCACUCUGUGCUUAUCCAUGAGUAUUACAGCCGCGAGGCCACUAACCCCAUCCACCUGACAGCCGACACGGCCCUGCAGAGUGGCAAGAUGAACAUCCGCGCCUACGUCAGCGCACAGAUGGGCGUGCCCGGGAAGACUGUUGGCGUGAUGUUCACCCCUCUCACCAUCAAACACGUUUACUAUGACACGGAGAGGAUAGGAGUGGACCUUCUGCAGAGAACACGCUUGGCGGUCACUCGCACCAAGGGCCUGACGUCCGACCUUUCUCAGGUGGCUUGCUCUGCCUCCCGCAUCCAAGACAUGCUGGCCACCAUGCUGGGUUACAUUGAGGACGUGCUGUCUGGCAAGGUGGCAGCAGAUAACAGCGUGGGCCGUUUCCUGAUGGACCUGGUCAACAAGGUGCCCACCAUUUCCGCAGAGGACUUUGAGAACAUGAUCAACACCAACAUCAAUGAUCUUCUGAUGGUGACCUACUUGUCCAACCUCACCCAAGCACAGAUCGCUCUCAACGAGAAGCUGGUGCUGCUCUGAGGCGCCGCUAUUUAAUUUUUAUUUCUGAGAUGAAUAAACAAUAUUCUCUUGCUCAUUA